AUGUUGUUCAAUCUCGUUUUAGUGUUGAGCCUGUCGACGAGUGCCACGGCCUCGACUAUUCCCGAUAUAAGAAAGCUUGACGACAGCACUAUCACCAACACAGCCUGCAACAAAGCAUUAGAAGCCGAGAUUCACUGCGACAAGUUUCUCUCCGGAAUAAUGACAGAAGAUCCCGAGUGGACAAAGGAGAAAGUCAAGCUCGCUGACUCUGUUUGCACCGACACCUGCUACGAUUCCCUCCAAAGCUGGUAUGAUACAGUUACCGAUGCAUGCGACAACGGCGAGGACAAUUUCCUCGUGCUAGACAAAGUAUCGCAUACAGGGUACGGUGGUGAGAUGUGGCGGGCCUUCAAUGAGACGUGUGUCAAGGACCCCAAAACAGGCCGAUACUGCCAAGAAAUUAUCGAAGGUUUCUCAGAGAUCGACGACGACGAGCAGAGGCCCUACGAAGAGCUGUGCCAUCCUUGCUAUGGCAAAGUUAUUACUGCAAUGACCGGGAGUCCGUCUUGGAUGGUCGGUUCUGACCCUGCCACCGACUACUGGGACGGCCAACUUGAGCUUGUCCAUAAGGUAUGCGGAGACUCAGGUUCAUCCAAGUCCAAACCCUUUUUGAUUGGGACAGAAAUAUCCAAGGAUGAACAUAGCCCAGGUUCUAGUCACGGAGCCAUCAGUACACCUGUCUCCUAUGUGAGCACUGCAUCGCUCCAGCGCACCUCUUCAACAGCAACUGCAUCCCUUGAGACUGGCUUAUCGGAGUCUGAAUCUUCAGGAAGCAAUGAUGCUGGAUUACUUGGGGUUGAUAAUUCAGGCGGAUACAAGUAUGCGCUAUUUGCCUUGGGGGUUGGUAUGUUUAUUCUCUGA